AUGCUGAACUUUAUGAUGAAGCAGGGGCAAAUUCCUACUACAGUUGUUGUCAUUGACAUUGGCGUCUGGCUGAAUCAUGCCAGCGGGAUUUUUCGAGUUUUGCAACCAGUCAAGAACAAAGAAAGCACAUUGAACCUGGUGAGAGAUCGAGGGUUAUGCAGGGACUGGACGUUUGCUGCAAGACUUGGGGGGGACAGUGAGGAGCCAAAACAAUUCAGAUGCAGCGGUGUAGAGAACGAGCUCCUUCGACCGAAACCAACAAAUCCCGUGCUGAUUGUGGGAAGCUCAGAAGCCUCCCUCGAGCUAUCUCGAAUUUUCAUGAACAGCCGUAUCUCUUCCCGCCAUCGUCCUGACAUUCCAUUCGGCUCGAAACACAGUCACGCAGAGCAAGACGACGUCAAAGUUCUUGUUGUCAUUGUCACUUAUAGUUGUCAAAAAGAUUCGGUCAAUUAUGAGAAUCAGUCUCUCUAUCAGCAAGUAGCACUCUUGCGGUCUGCAAGGAAGGAGUUAAGCUGCUUUGUAUUGCUGCUUGAUGGAGUGGAACUUUCCCGAGCUGCGUCCAGCUCCAUGGCAGGCUGUGUCUUCAUGAGACGAUCCUCUCCAAUCCGAUACUCGGUAUCCUUGGACGCUGAUAUUCCUUCUCAGCAAGACAUUUCUAAACUUGUAGAAAAUGUCGGAAUUAUUGUCUGGCCAGCUGGAGACAGAACUCGAGUGCCCAUGGCGAAGUGCUACCUACGUUUGAAAUUCAAGGUCCCAACACCUGAUCGGAACUAUUCUUUUCCUUCUCAUUACCAUCAAAGAACCAAGAUUUGUUUGUGCGUGCCAACUAUUACACCCCCUGGUGUAUCGAAGGUAUCAGCGCUUCCGUUCAUCAACACCUUCUUGCCUUCGCUAGUUGCUUCGAUCAGCGAUGACUUUUCGUUCGAAAACUACAUUUUUGUGGUGUACGUUGCGUAUGAUCAGGGAGAUCCGUUGUAUGACAAGAAUAGGAGUUUGAUUGAACAGCAUACAAAAGAUCAGACCUUCAACCGACCAAUCUUCUUGAAAUUCUACAGGAUGCCUCCAUCUAAGGUCAUAUCAUCCUGCUUUUCGGAAACGUAUGACACAACGCAGGGAGGGAUCGCGUUUUUAUGGAAUUCAUUGAUGGCUGCAGCAUGGCAAGACGGCUGCGACUAUUUUUACCAAAGCAACGAUGAUGUGCAAUUUGUCACCAGAGCCUGGGCGAAAACAUUCGUUGAAACCUUGCAAACUAGUCUUGUUCGAGCAAACUUCGGGGUUGUUGGAGCUGUGGAUCUGAACAACAAUCUGGUUCUUACCCAGAGCUUUGUUCACCGAACGCAUCAACACAUAUUUAGUUCUCACUUUCCGAUGACCAUCAAGAAUUGGCAUCUGGAUGACUGGAUCUCUCAAGUCUACCCCGAGAAUGCUACGUUCAGGCUGAAGAAUGUAUUCAUCAAGAACACCAACAUGUAUGCGGAAUGUAGAGAAGACAAAACUUGGUACGAGAACGAAGUGCUGCGAGGGCGACGCUUGAUCCAAGAUUGGAUGAAAAUGGCGGAGAACGACGAUGAGAAGGGAAAGAAGUUUCGCUCUGCAGCAUGA